AUGUUCGUUCGCACGCGCAUUUGGCGCAAGGGGCGGCUGAAAUUGAUCCGGCUCGCCUAUACUUGCUGUUCUGCACAUAUGGACCAUAGAGGACAUACAGGCCCCGCCGAAUCCCCAGCUGUACCUGUACCUGUACCUGCAUCUGUGAAAGCUUCAACCGUUAUGUACCUGGACCUUAUUGCUUCAAUGUUUCGCGUCAGUCAGGGCCUCUGGACAGCCAACGUUGAACUAGCGGCCGCUGUGUUCCCCUGGCCAAGGAGCGCUAGCGCAGGUACCGGGGCGAAAUCAUGGCCCUGGCUCAAGGAGCUCGCCAACGUGCGCAAUUCGACUGGACCUCCUUAUUUGCUUCUUGGAGCGCAACCUAGUGCAGAGAGACUGUGCUUGGAACAUGCGAAAAAUGGCAUCAGGCUGUGCACACUCGGCCAAUUGGGCGUUUAUUUUUGGCAAAAUGCUUGA